CAGUUCACAGAGUGUUAGUCCCCCCCUUAUCCCCUUCUCUCUUUCUGUCUCUCCAUCUUCUCUCUCUCCCUAUCAGAAAAGUCGGUACCAAUCUGCCGCCGGUUGAUGACAACGAACCCUAACCCUUGGGCGUUGCCGGCGAGGAGAAGCAGAGCGGAGGAAGGUUCAGAAAUCUCUACUGCGACGGACUUGAUCUCCCGCCUGUGAGUGAUGGAGGUUUUGCUCGGUUCUCCGACGUUCAGCAUCGAAGUCCCGUCGGAGAACUCCUCCGCCGUCGCGGAGACUCAUAAUCGGGACGGGUCGGGUUUUCGCGAGUCCGGAUCUGGUAGUUCGAUUGGGGAAAACUCGUCGGAGUCGUCGUCGAUUGGAGUUCCCGACGACGAUUCCGACGACGACGACGAGGUGCAGAGCAAGCUAAAGGAAGGAGGAUUGCUCGGAUUGGAUUCUCUUGAAGACGCUCUUGUAAUCAAAGGAGGCUUAUCGAGGCAUUUCUCGGGGAAAUCGAAGUCGUUUGCGAAUUUAUCAGAGGUGAUUCAAGUGAAAGAUUUAGAGAAGCCGGAUAAUCCUUUCAACAAGAGGAGAAGAAUUUUAAUGGCGUCAAAAUGGUCGAGAAAAGCCUCAUUCUACAGCUGGCGAAACCCUAAAUCGAUGCCUCUGCUUGCCCUAAACGAAGACGAAGAAGAACAACAACCGGCGGAUGGUUCCGAUUCAGAGGAAAGAAAUCGAGAGAGCGACGAAGAUGAUGAUCAAAACGAACGAAGAAGACAAACCCUAGGGCAAAGGUACCACGAUCGGAAGCUCGUUAAUGGCUUCAAAUCAAUGAGCUGUUUUGAUCUGCAAGAAUAUGAACAGCAAUAACGCGCAGUGUAAUGAAAUCGUUUGGCCUUUCUUCACUUAUUGCUCUGAACAAAAAGAAAAGGAA